AUGUCGUCUUCGUCGUUGCCGGAGGUGCCGUUGUCGGAGAAGGAGGCCACGCAGCCUACAACGCUCACCGCUGCGGACGAUGCUGCCCCCGAGCGGGUGAUCAUCGACACCGAUCCGGGCAUUGAUGACACCAUGGCCCUCUUCCUCGCCCUCUCCAACCCGCACCGCCUCCGCAUCGAAGGAAUUACGAUCGUGUUUGGCAACCACAGCGACCUCGAGCUGUUGGCUACCAACGCGUGCCGCGUGCUCCACAUGGCCGGCGACGUUGAGAUUCCCAUCUACAAGGGCUGCUCCAACCCCGUCGACAUGGACUACCACGGGCAUUCGGGCAUUGAAGUCCAUGGACAAGACGGCAUCGGACACCUCUACCUCCCCACUCCGCCCAACACGCACCUCAUCAGGCGAGACAAGACGGCGGUCGACUUCAUCAUCGAGACGUGCAAGGCCAACCCGGGGCAGAUCACGCUCAUCACCCUCGGCCCGCUCACCAACGUCGCACAGGCCCUGAUCCAGUGUCCCGAGCUGCCCCAAUACGUGAAGCGCAUCGUGUCGAUGGGCGGAGUGCUGAACCUGCCUGGCAACAAGUCUCCUGUUGCCGAAGCCAACUACCACAAUGACGCCAAGGGGGCCAAGCUGGUGCUCAACGCCGGGUUCGAGUUCACGAUGGUGCCCUUGAACGUGACGCACCAGGUGCACAUGAACAAGGAGUUCAGGUCCGCCCUUUGCUCCCUGGGCGUCAUCGGCGACUUUUGUGAGAACGCGCUCAAGUACUACGUGGGGACACUCUCGCGCUGGGGCAACGACCCCGAGACCAUCCCCAUGCACGACUCGUCGGCGGUGAUGGCGGUGGUCAAUCCGUCGGUGUUCACCAAGGCCGUCAACGUGUACGUCGACAUCGAAUCAGUCGGUGAACGCACCGCCGGCAUGUGCGUCCCUGAUUGGAAGGGUCACUUCAAGAGGGAGCCGCAGUACCACAAGAAGACCAAGGUGGUACUCGAGGUGGACCAGGCCGCCUUCAAGCGGUACUACCUCGACUGCCUCGCCACCUUCCUCCCCAAGCUCCAGCACAACAAGGAGGAGGAGGCCGAAGAAGAAGCCGCACCUCCUUCAUCCGCCUGA